CUCUUCCUUUUGUUCCUUCACUUGAUCAGCAACCACUUCAAGCAAUGAGCACCAAAGCACGGCGUCGUUUGAUGCGCGACUUUAAGCGUCUGCAGGACGAUCCGCCCGCAGGCGUCAGCGGUGCUCCCACAGAUAACAACAUUAUGGUUUGGAACGCUGUCAUCUUUGGUCCGGAAGGCACGCCGUUUGAAGAUGGAACAUUCAAGCUCUCACUCGAAUUCACGGAAAACUAUCCAAACCGCCCACCAACCGUCAAGUUUGUCUCUCAAAUGUUCCACCCGAACGUUUACGCCGAUGGUGGUAUCUGCUUGGAUAUCUUGCAAAACCGCUGGAGUCCAACCUACGAUGUUGCUGCAAUCUUGACUUCUAUUCAGUCCUUGUUGGAUGAGCCAAACCCCAACAGUCCUGCCAACUCGGCAGCCGCCCAGCUCUACCAGGAGAACAAGCGCGAGUACGAAAAGAAGGUCAAAGCUAUCGUUGAGGCCAGCUGGCUAGAAUGAUCUCCGUGACAGCGUUCAUCGCGAGCAGCCUUCCGUGUUAGAAAAACCCAAAACGCCACCUAACGAAAACCAAAGACCAAAAACAAAAAACAAGCCAACACAAAAUGUGCUUCACAAACUCCAGCAUCCUUACCAGCAAAAAACCGCUCAUCGCAUCCAUGCUCCCAUUCACACUGUGAUUCAUGAUUGAACGUGCCUUUGCGCUGACUGUGUUUCUGCUGUACUCGAUUGCUGCUUUUGCACUAUUGUACGAAUUUGAGCC